AUGGCUGCAGUGAAUCCAUUCUAUAGCGAAUAUCCGACCAACUAUGGCAGCUCCUACUACCACUACUCGCAACCUUCCAGCUGCGAGCAGUACAGUCCGAAUCAUCUUCGUCCGGUUGGUCUGCAGUAUCCGGAAAAUGUGCUACCCCAGCAGCAGCAGACGCAGACACAGACGCAACAAGAUCAAGUUGCAGUGGAUGUCGCUUCAUCGCACCAGCCGCCACAACCGGAGUUAUCAAAACAAGUGUCCUAUAGCUCUAUGAUGGUUCCAGCGACGACGCAUGCGUACGGCUCCAGCCCUUAUCAGUACCAAGGCAAUGAGCAAUACAAUACAAGCCAAUACUACUCAGGCCCUCAGCAACCGCACUAUUCGCAGUAUCAGAAUCAGCUGGAUGCGUACUAUAAUUAUCAGUAUCACACGAUGGGCCAUGCUCAAGUCACUGCGAAUGCAGCAUUAGAAAGCAGUGCAACGUACCAGCACGGCCAGCUUUCGGUAGAUAGUGUUGGAUCAGAAGGCUCUUAUCAACGCAUGAGCCACGAAGCUGCCGCAAUUAAAUCUACCGCAACGAAGAGAAAAUGUCCCACAAACAACGAAGAUACCGACGAGGAGGGACCGGAUCCUGCUUCAGUCAAGGGCGUCGUCACGCAGGAUUCACCGGCACUGCGUGCACUGCUUACUAAUCCAGCGAAGAAGCUCAAAUACAAUCCUCACUACAUAGCCGUGACUAAUCGAGGGGGUAGUAUGCCGGCAGGAUGUGGCACUGGUAUUCUGUCGCCCGCCAGUGAUCGCAUCGUACCCGACAUCAUCCCGAUAUCGCCGAACAAAACGGACGACAGCAUCGACAGUCUGUUGGAUAGCGCAAAGCAUGGCUACGAAUCGAUGGAAGGCAUGAAGAUCGCGCUAAGUCAUCUUACCCAGCCCGCCACGCCACGAUUUGAUGGCGUUAGCACUCCGCCUCUUUCACCAAAGGACUUGGAAAGUGCAUUAUCAUCAUCUCCCCGGCUACCGGAAGAAUCCGAACGUGCAAAAGAAACUGCGAAGCGAACUCGUCAAUCUUAUUCUCGCCACCAAACGUUGGAGCUGGAGAAGGAGUUCCACUUUAAUCGCUACCUGACCCGAAGGCGUCGAAUUGAGAUUGCCAAUUCCCUCAAUCUGACUGAACGGCAGAUUAAGAUCUGGUUUCAAAACAGACGCAUGAAGGCCAAGAAAGAUUAUCAAUCGACCUCAACGACACCCGAUCUUGCAUUCGAAGGCGAACUGUCCCAACCGGCGUCCACGAUGACGAUGAAGCUCCCGAUGCCAUCGACGCAGUUUACGGCAGCUUACGGUGCACGAGCACAAACCGCUACUCGCAGCGGCAACAGCAAAAGGGAACUUGGGCUUGGGUUGGCCCGGCUCUACCUUUCAAAGUACCGCAACGGCAGCAAGGCAGUGUAA